AAAAUGGCAGCGCCCUUAUAUCAUCAUUUGUCACCGAUUAUCAUGGAGUGUUAUAGUUAUUUCUAUGUAAGUUUGCAUGCUUGCCGUAGAUCAGUCUGACUUCUGAUUUAAUCUUUAUGGUAAGACUUUUAUUUUCUAGUUGGAACUUCUGGGGACCGUCUCAUUAAACUAUUUCAAUGUGAAACCUGUAUGAUGAUUCUAAGGCCACCAGUGGCAUCACUGGCAUCAGUUGGCGUGGUGUUCAAAGCUUCACUCAUAGCUGCCUUCCUCAUAAUCUCAUCAAAAACGGCAACUUCACCAACAGUAGAUGCCGUUGACUUUGUUAGAUUUUCAAGGAAAGCGGGUUUUCAUAGGGAUCUUGUCACAGAAGUAAGGCUACACAAGAAAGAUGUGGAAAUAAACUUUUCAGAAUGUCAUCUUGUCCUUACUGAGGUCUUGCCGCAGGGUCUGUAUGUUGACUUGGAUCAGAUCCAUUCCAUAGGGAAUAACACAUUGCAAAAGGUAGAGAGUUUAGAGCCAAUUGACACAGAGAAGCCUGCUCAUGAAUCACCAAACCAUGUCAUACGUGUACAUACCAACAUAAGACAAGUCAGUCCAGGAGUUUUCAGUGCAUCUGUCAUUCUUCCUGUACAUCUGAGAUAUCACAGGCCAUCAGAGACCAGAGAAACUGACCAUGCCUUGGUUCACAUAAAACAUCCAAGAAUGCAGUUAGAAUGUGAAAGUGAUAUUGAUCCAGACAAUAAAGAACAAAGAAAUGGAACACCUAAAAGUAAAUCCAAUUUCCUGAGAGAAGUUCAGUUUAAAAGUGCUGCAGACCAUGUGGAGUUCAAAGUCCCAGUAGGACAAAAAUGUGACAGUGUCAUGGUUGCUACAGUCACCCUUUGCUCCACCGUUUUUGGUUGCCUUUAUCUAAUAUAUACGUUACUGGAUAACAAAAAGGAACAUUUUAAGAAAACAAACUGAAGUGGAGAAAUAUUUUAACAUUGAUGAUAACAGUAUUUGGAUUUCCCAUGGAGACAAUUACACCUGAACUGAGAAUCAAUAGCUUUGUGUACAUUGAAUUGAAUAGCAAAAAUGCCCUGAACUGAAAUAUUGCUUUCACAAAAGGUGUCCAUUAUAACUAAGCAAAAUUACACCUUUUGUUAUCGUCAAGAAUGUAUUUCCUAAAUGUGGUUAUACAUUAAUUUAUGGUGAUUUGAAACAAACCCUGUCAAAAUAUAUCUCAUCUGUUGUAAAUAAAUCAGUUCAAUAUAUUAUCAGUUG